AUGGGCCGCCAAUUGCAAUCGAAACGAUGCGUUCCGCGUCGCCCCCCACCGCCACGUCUGGUGCCUAAACCGGAACUGCCUCUCCAUGACGAAAAUCUCAGAAGUUUCAUGCUAGAGAAUGGUGUUCAGGAGCUUCUAGACUCUGCAAUCACAGAGGAUAAACCGAUUUCAACUGGUUACGGGCCUCUUGAUCUUCUUGCGGCUAUUGACCCUGUUACGGGAGACUCGGUCGUUCAUCGCGCGGCGUCGGUUGGAAACACUAGGUUUUUGAGUGGUAUACUUGGAUGCUGGGGUAAAAGGUGCGGUAAUGAUAAGAGGCCAUUAGGAUCAUUCUGGGUUUUGAUGAUGCAUCAGAAUCUCGCUGGGGAUACUGCUCUUCACGUCGCAGCUCGCCACGGUAGCCUCCAGGGCGCAAAAGCCGUUUAUAGACUCCUUCAUCAUGACUGGGUUCAUGACGAGGACCACAAUGAUGAAAACCCCCCAGCCGACGAAUGGGAGUGGGAUUUUAAGGAGGAUUUGAUCUUUGUUUACAAAGCCGUGAUAUUUGUCUGUGCAAAAAAUAAGGAUGGACUAGAUGCUGCGGCUCUCGCUCAGGAAAGUAGGAAUAAUGUUUUAAUUAAAUGGUUUGAGGAUCUACUACAGAAGAUCGACCCUGAUGGAAAAAGAAACGAUGAUAGUUACAUCAAGGGCGCUUGGGCAAUGGUUUUGGAAUAUUACGGAUAUUAUAUUAACGAUAUAGUAUCCUAA